AUCGGUUUUUUUGCAGCCUCGGCCGCGAUUAGCCGUUCUGGGAAGAUGGCCUCCUCGGAGCAGGCUGAGCAACCUGGGCAGAUCAGCUCUUCUGGAACCGAGAAUGGAGCAUCGCGCGAGGCCCUGAUUGCCACAGCUGUGAAGUUUUUACAAAACCCUCGCGUUCGCCAAAGCUCGCUUGCAAAUAGAAGAACAUUUCUGAAGAAAAAAGGUCUCACCGAUGAAGAAAUAGAUUUGGCCUUCCAGCAAUCGGGCACCCCGAAAGAGGAAACUCAGCCCCACAAUCUCCCCCCACAGUUGGUGCCAAUUCAGCCCACACAGCUCUCAUCGUACAGUCCCCCGAGUUCCAGAUGGAGAGAUUAUGGUGCCCUAGCAAUUAUUAUGACUGGCAUUGCAAUCGGUUUCCACCAGCUUUACAAGAAGUAUCUGCUUCCCUUGAUUGUGGGCGGCAAGGAAGACAGGAAACAGUUGCAGAGGAUCGAGUCAAACAUCUCCGAAAUGAGUGGCAGCGUGACGCAGACAGUGACUCAGCUCCAGAGCACUUUAGCCUCGGUCCAGGAGCUGCUCGUCCAACAGCAGCAGAAAAUCCAGGAGUUAACCCAAGAGCUGGCGACCUCCAAGGCCACCACAUCGACCAACUGGAUUUUGGAAUCUCAGAGUAUCAGUGAGCUGAAGUCGGAGAUCUAUUCGUUAAAAGGGCUCCUCCUGAACAGAAGACAGUUUCCUCCUUCGCCAUCAGCCCCCAAAAUCCUCUCCUGGCAGAUUCCGGUGAAACCCGCUUCCCCUUCCAACCCGGUGACCAACAACCACAACACCAGCAGCGACAUCUCGCCCGUCAGCAACGAGUCCAACUCCCCUUCGCCCGUCAAGGAAAACCACAGCCCCGAAGGGACCAAAGGGGGCUGCCACCUCUUGAGCCCCGCCGAAGAAGGGGAGGCGGUGAUCGACCUGACGGGCCAGGUGCGGAUGGAGGUGCAAGGGGAAGAGGAGAAGCGGGAGGAGCAGGCCCGUAUAGAAGAGGAGGAAGAAGAGGAAGAGGAGGACAACCGUCCGGACGAGGAAGAUGUCCAGACCGAGGAUCGACGAGGAGGCGACGGGCAGAUCAACGAACAGGUGGAGAAGCUGCGGAGGCCCGAAGGUGCCAGCAACGAGAACGAAAUUGACUAGAUCGGGGCGCUCACGGCCCCCACUGUUCUCCCCCGCCCAUCUCGAUCUUCCUUCGCCAAGGCUCCGAUCGCCCCCCCUUGCCUCACUUCUGUGGUUCGCCCCGAUCUCACCCCGCCAAGCAGGUGACGGGCCCUUCUCUCCCUCCCGGCAACCCCGUCCCCAGCUCCCCUCCAGGUCUCCCCUCAUCCCCCCCCCUUCCCCCAAACUGACUCCCGCCCAUCCAGCUGCCUACGCAAGCACAAACGUUUCCGUUGGCGGGGUGGGGGAGACCCCCUCGUUCCCCACCCGCCCUUCAUCUCUGGGGAAGGGGGGGGCUUCUGCCCUUCCUCCAUCAUCCUCUUUAUUUAUUGCGUUCAAAGGAUGCUUGCGCUUCUUACGCUCUUGGCUUUCAAAUUGAUUUCUUUGCAGAAAGCUCGCUGGUGCCCAAGAGACAGUUUGGGGAUUUCAGGCCCAUGGCAACCCCCUUUCUUCCUCCCCCCCCUUCCCCUUUUUCUCGCCCCCCUUUCCCCCCCCCCCCUUCCUGCUUUUUCCACCAUCGGAAGGUCUGGGGACCUGCCUGAAGCUCUUCACGGGUCCCGUUCUCGCCUGAGGAGACCCUCUCCCCCCGCUUGCAACGGUUUCCCCCUUUCUUCCUUGCGGGGCUGGGCUGUGGCCGCUGGGGCUUCGUCUCCACCAUGGCUCCAUCCCUCCCAACGGAGCUCUUUCCAUCUUUCCCUCAUCAAUGGGGGCCUGUGUGUGUGACACCCCCCCCUCCUCCUUCCUGUCUUUGGCCCGGUUGGGUGGAGAAAAGAAACCUGUGGCGUCGUGUCCUCGGGUGUCGCCGCGGUGUUGGUUUCCAUUCCCGUCAUUAAAAGAGCCUCGAAACCCAGUGACAAAACAUCGCGAGCCUCCUCUUAUUGCGCCUCGCCGAGAGGACCCAGCGAAACGUGCUCAUCUGUGUGAUCAUGUAUAGAAUUCCAGUAUAAAAUAUGACUGUAUAUAAUUGUAAUAAAUAUGAGUUACCACUGUU